UAAGUCAGAUUGUGGAGCACUUUGCUAGUGGUUGGUCUGAGCGACAAGCCACGUUGACACCGAAGUGCUUCUUUUCUCUUUUUUCCCCUGACUGUCAGAUACGUGUCACGUCAAACAUCUCAUUUGUCAGUUACGGGUCGUCGUUUCGUUUAUCCAACCAAAGCAGAGAGGCCACAUCAUCCAUCAGUAUGAGUGUUGGAUUCAUUGGAGCGGGCCAGCUGGCUCAUGCGCUGGUCAAAGGUUUCACGGCUGCAGGUGUGAUCGCUACACACAGGAUUACAGCCAGCUCCCCAGACACUGACCUGCCCACUGUUACUGGUCUAAGGAAAAUGGGUGUGAGCCUGACAACAAGUAAUAAAGAGACCGUGAACAAGAGCGAUGUGCUCUUUCUGGCUGUCAAGCCACACAUUAUCCCAUUUGUUUUGGAUGAAAUUGGGCCAGACAUUGAAGACCGCCAUCUGAUCGUCUCGUGUGCUGCAGGUGUCACCAUCAGCUCCAUAGAAAAGAAACUGCUUCAGUAUCGCACAGCCCCAAAAGUCAUGAGGUGUAUGACUAAUACUCCCGUGGUAGUGCGAGAAGGAGCUACAGUAUAUGCUACUGGCACUCAUGCAGAGGUGGAGGACGGGAAGUUGCUAGAGCAGCUGAUGGCCAGUGUCGGUUUCUGUACUGAAGUGGAGGAGGACCUCAUUGAUGCUGUCACUGGUUUGAGUGGCAGUGGACCUGCCUAUGCGUUCACAGCACUGGAUGCACUAGCAGAUGGAGGAGUGAAAAUGGGUCUGCCCAGGAGACUCGCUGUCCGACUCGGAGCUCAGGCCCUUUUGGGAGCAGCUAAGAUGCUGCUGGACUCUGAGCAACACCCGGGCCAGCUGAAGGACAAUGUGUGCUCACCAGGUGGCGCUACCAUUCACGCCCUCCAUGUCAUGGAGAGCGGAGGGUUCCGCAGUCUUCUGAUCAAUGCAGUAGAAGCGUCUUGUAUUAGGACACGGGAACUUCAGUUUUUGGCUGAUCAAGAGCGCAUCUCUCCAGCAGCCAUCAAGAAGACCACAUUGGACAAAGUUCUCCAGCAACCUGGUGUCACAGUCAGUGGAAUGGGCAAUGGAAACGGAAGAUCAGGGCUCAGCCUUUUCAACAAUAACCGUAACUCUGGAAUCAAGAAAAAAAACUGACUGCAUAAAGUUAAAACAUGAACAAACGCAUUUCAAAUUCCCCACCGUUUGACCGGCACGUGGGUUUCAUGCACUUCCCAGCCCUGCACCAUGCAAGACUGGCUCUCGAGGUGUCUGAAAUGAUCCAAAGUUCUGUUACCAAAUUAUUUAUUUCGUCCCAUUAUUCUUGCAACCUAAUCAAAGCAAGAGUGCAUAUGUUGUCUCGUAUACAUACUCACAUGACUAAAGGCAGCGUGCAUUUUGUAUGUUUAAAUAGACACUUGAUCACAUUUCCAAUGGAGAUUCAAGGUAUCGAUUGACUUUGUUUUUUGUUUUGUUUUUUUUUGUUUUUUUAAAGAUUUUUACCUGCUUAGCCACACGGCUGAGUCAGAUUUUUUUCCCCCCCUGACUGGAACAAAUCUUUGUGGGAACCGGUAUAUUAAACACUGAUUUGUUUUAUACAAUGA